AUGGUGGAAAUGAAGGAAAAAUGUGGGAAAAGUUUUCAUGUUCAUGGUGUGGGUGUAGACGAGAUUCCCGAGCGGCACACACUCGCCGUGCCGGAGGCAUACGGCUGCACUGUGGCGAUUUUACAUUGGUACUCCCUUUGGCUUUUUCUUCAGAAAAUGCCUUUUGUGCCGCUCGGGAUUGCGACUGAAAACAAUCUUUUUGAAUUGAGUGUCGCAUUACUGUGA